AUGAAUCCGUGCUUUAUUCAGUACUUUCUGACCUAUGAAUUGAUAAGCCACGUAGUUAUAGCUUUGCUAUCAUUACUUCUUGCUGUAAAACUUCUUAUUUGGAACAAAUGUUCAAAGUCUGCAAAGAGUGAAAGCUUGACAAGAGCAAAUCGUCUUGCUCUCCUUGAUGCCUUGAUAACAUUACUUUUCGAUAUUGUUCCAGCUGUACUUAUGACGAAACUACACACAGGAAAGUUGGAAGACACUGGUCCGGUGUUAGCGUUGAGUAAAAUGAGUGGAUAUGCCUUGGAGGGGUGUUUAGUGAUUCGUGCUUUGGGAAGAAUCAACGGAACACAAGUGGGUGCCACUGGAAAAUCGUUGUCAAGAGUGAAACCAAGUAAUUCUGCAAUAGCGAUUGAAAUUUAA